AAUAAAGAACGUUGUCAACUGUCAAGUGGUUGAGUUGUCAAUUUUAUGUUUUUAAUGUAAAAGUAUGGCUAAUUCGAAUGUCAUAGCCGCAAUCGAUAAAGUGCGGGUUAUUGUUUUAGGCGAUUCAGGGGUUGGAAAAACAUCGUUAGUUCAUUUGAUAAGUCAUAAUAAAGUAAUUCGUUCUCCCAGUUGGACAAUUGGGUGCUCUGUGGAGGUAAAGCUUCAUGAAUAUCGAGAAGGAACUCCUGUUCAAAAACAAUAUUUUAUUGAACUUUGGGACUUAGGAGGUAGCAGUGCUCAUAGAAAUGCAAGAUCAGUGUUUUAUACGCCUACACAUGGAAUGAUAUUAGUUCAUGAUUUAACAAAUCGUAAAAGUGAAGAAAAUUUACAAAAAUGGCUAUCCGAAGUAUUGAAUCCAGAGAGUUGUAGUUUUGGAAAAAAUUAUUCACAUUAUGAUGAAUUUGAUAGUGAAAACUUUUUGGGCUCCACACAGGUAAAGAUUCCUAUUUUGGUUGUUGGCUCAAAAUUAGAUUUGUUAGAUUCCAAAAUAAGAACUUCAAGCCAAAAGUCUAGAAAUAAUAUAGCUGAACAAUGCGGAUGUGACGAAAUAUUUAUUGAUUGUUUGGAUGUUAGAUCCUUUGCUGCUGGUAGUUCUAAUGCUGUUAUUUUAAGUCGAUUUUUUGAUAAGGUUAUUGAAAGAAAAUAUUAUACCCGGGAAAUUACGACUCCUUUUGAUAAACGACGUGGUGUAUCAACAACUUCAUUUUUUGGUCCAUAUUCACCUCCAAGAUUGUAUCAUAUGGAUUAAAUUAAAUAAUAUUAAAAAAAAUCAUAUUGAUUUAAAUAAAACGAAUUUAUAUUAUUUUUAUAAGAAUAUAAUUUUUGACAAAGAAACAAAUACGUAGUUCUGCAAUUCUCCUCUUUACACCGGCAAACGAAAAUAAGGAUUCAUUAGGCGUAUAUGAGUGACUAAAGAUCAUAAAUCACAGGAGUCGCUUUGAUGGAAGUAUCAAAUGGUCGUUUAAAAUUUUGAUUGUAAAUUUGCUUUAAUUCUUAAGGGACAUUCAAUUUUCGAAUUAAUAAACUAAUAGAGUAUUAUGAACGAAACAACUACAUUUUUACAAAAAUAUAUAUAAUACUAUUGAAAAGGAGAAAUCUAUGAAGAGUAUUUUACGCAUUUUUAUUAAAUUAAAAUCCAUUC